GCUUAUUUUGGCUUCUUCAGAGCAGUCUGCUAUGAGGGGAGAAGCAGCUUCACUUCACGUGUCUCUACCAACCAAACAACACACGAUUAUUUUAAUGAUGCCAAAGAGGCAUUUUUAAGCAAUAAGUAUAACUAAAUUAACUCACUUUUUGCGGCAGUUUUUCUUUUUCAGAAAAGUUUUUUGAAAACGUUUCCAGGGAAAAGAGGAUUUAUUUGGGAUGGAAGGACAAGGCAGACUGAUAGGGGGUCUGGCUCUGGUGCUGGUGGGGAUCCUGGGAGUGGGUCUGACGACGGGACUGCCCAUGUGGCGAGAAUCAUCUUUUGUGGGUGCAAAUAUUGUGUCAGCACAAACGAUCUGGGACGGCCUGUGGCUGGCCUGUGUGGUCCAGUCCACGGGCCAGAUGCAGUGUAAGAAACCGUCGGGCAUCACCUACACCACCGACCUGCAGGCGGGGCGGGCCCUCACGCUGCUGUCCAUCAUCCUGGGCCUCAUCGGCUUCAUCAUCGCCAUCAUGGGAGGGGGCGUGGCCAACUGCAGCAGCGCUCCACCCGACGACUAUUACACCACCAGUCAGUCCGGCACGCGGGCCUCCCAGAACAAGGCCGCCCUGCUGGGGGGGCUCCUGUGUCUGGUUGCGGGGGUCCUGUGUCUGGUGGCGGUCAUCUGGUCGGCGGCGCUGACCGCCUAUGUGAGCAACGACCCGCUGAUUGUGACCUCCCUGAAGCGGGACGUGGGCACCUCCAUCUACAUCGGCCUGGCCUCGGGGGUCCUGCUGCUGCUGGGCGGGGCCGUGGUCUGCAUGGUGUGCGGGAACAAGCCUAGCGCCCCCCAGCGGGUCUACCUGCGCCCCCCGGUAGAGUACAGAUAUGCCGCCCCCUCCCAGGACAGCCGGUCAUGGCGCAAGAACGGGCCGUACGACCAGCCCCUGGAGACCCGGGACGGCUCCCGGUACCCAGCUUGGAGCCCGGGGCCCAGCGCCGCCUCCUUCCCAAGAUAACGGUCCGAACGGGCGCCUCUGGAGCGGGACGCCCCCGGCAUCACCGCCCCCCCC